GCGCGAGAGAACCGAGAAUCGAUAGUAAGUUCGCAAAACCGCGGGGCGAGUGAGAUCAUUCGAGAAGUAUCGCGAAAAGACGAGGAGAGCGCGAGGCGAAAGAGAGAGAGAGAGAGAGAGAGAUAGGCAGAUAGAGAGAUACCGCGAAAGUAUCCCAAACGAGAAACGCGUGUGGAUGCUUUCUUGGAUGACUUAAAGUAAUCGCGAUCACCCGCGAAUCGGACGGUGUAUAUAAGGACGAGGCUUAUAUAAGGCGGCCGAUCUUUCUUUCCGUUGUGCGUGCGUGCUGCGGAUCUCAUCGAGCCCCGUGCGGAUCUCAUCGCAGCACCCGAGGGAGGUUCGGAGAGAAGCGGGAGAAGCGGGGAACCUCUUCGUGAGGACCGAUAUUAUUGGCUACGUGUGAAGAAUCUCGUCAACCCCUUGCGACAGCGACAAGAGCACGAGACAUACGAGGGAAUGACGAAAAGAGGUAGUCGACGAGCCGCCGCUAGGACAAGCCUGUGUCUGCUGGCGGCACUCGUGCUGUCCUGCGCCACAAGCGGCAGCGACAGGGCCCACGCGUUCCCGCAGCCGGAACCGCUGCCGGCGGGCAUCUUCUUCGACCCCGCGGACGAGGCGGAGAAUAUCAUGUUGGUGAACCGCCUGAAGCACCUGAUGGACCAGAAGCACCGGAUGACCGAGCAGGAGCACGAGAUCACCGACGAGCAGAUCGAGAUCCAGGCGAUCCUGGAGGCGAAGGCGCGCGAGCGGGAGCGCGCGAUGGAACAGCUGUCGCAGCCGGAAUACGCCAGCGGGGAGCAGGAACCGGAAGCGCUGCCGGUGCCCGCGGCCAUGAUCCACGAUACGCAAAAUCCGAACAAACGACACGGCGUAAACACGGUCAGCUACAUGUCCCUGUGCCACUUCAAGAUCUGCAACAUGGGACGUAAGAGGCAAUCAAAAGAGAAAUAAAUCACCGUAAAAGGCAGUCGCGAGAAGUUCGAAACGGACGGCGGGCGCGGCGAGGAGCUUGAGGAGCUAGGAGGAGACCUCAUUGUGCUUUAAGAAAACAUUAAGUAAAAGAUCAAUAAAAGAAAAACACAUAGCUUGUGCCACGGUCAAUUGAAAAUUGAAGUGAGGAAGAUAGCAACGACGAGCGAUCAGUUCUUUAAUUGUUUCAAUUCUUCCAAAGACAUCUGGUCAUUAAAAAAAGAAAAAGAAAGAAAGAAAAAGUCGAGAAAGUCUUUAAAAUCCAGUCGUCUUGGACGCGUACCUGAAUUCAGCAGUAAGAGUAAACUAAAAAGAUAUUGAAUAACUCGAGGAUAAAUUAAAAUAUUCAACAAUUCGAAAAUCAAUUAAAAUAUUCGUUAAUUCUUUUCUAUCUGGAUGGUACAGUGAAAUAUGGGGUGAGAAAGAGAUUGCAAUUUGCAAGAGACACACAUGGUGCAUCGGACAAAAAAAGUUAUCGCUCCUCCUUGCUAUCCCCUCGGGACAAUGAUUGUCACCAGUAUUACACACACAACCACGCACACAACACACACACACACACACACACACACACACACACACACACACACACACACACACGCCACGUCGGAUCUACGUGCGGAAAAGUUACAGCGCGAAAAGUGAAUCACGCGAAUCGCGAGAUACGCGCCAAUGUGACCGCUCGACGAGCGCCUCCAUUAACGAACGUCGAUCCUCAUCAAGUUUUCCUCCGCUCCUCUUCCCACCCCUCUCCCUCCCGUUACAACGAAGCAUCGCGGAGCGGAAAUAACGUGUGUAAGAAAAAAACUAAAACGUAAAAAAAAAGAAAAAAUAUAUAUAUAUACGUCCGUUCGAAAUGUCGAAACCGUCCUCGGCCGCCGGACGAAGGCACACCGUCCGACUGGUUCGGACGAAAGCUGCGCGCGAGCUGCCCGACUACGGUUGCCUGGAAUUACUCUGAGAGAUACUCCGAGAAACCAACGACGAGGUACCUGUUAAGUGAAGACACCGCGCGACUCCGGGAAUAACGAUAACGUAGAUACGCGAGUGACGCGUGAAAUCCGCGAUCAAACAGCGAAACAAUGUCGUCAGUCGACCCGUCAGCAUCCCAAAAUCUCUAUUCUUACAAGACCGAAACGCUAAAGAGAAUUAAUAAGAAAAAAAAGUCGGAGAGUUCAAUAAAAAUUUGGAUAAAAAUUUAAAUAAAAAUACCGCGAUAUAAUUUCACUGAUAACACCGUUGUAUCGUGGUAUAAUCAUAUUGCUUUAAGGUCAAUGACAUGAUAAAUUAGUCGGAUCUGUGAUGUAUUUGACGUACGUCGCACGAAAGAAACAGAUAACGCACAUAAGUUAACGUGCGCGAUACAUCAAAAUUGUAAUUAAUUAAAAAAACUCGUACUCGUGUUGUUUUUAUGUACACCAAGGAUAUGUUAUAUCCAUAAUAUCUAUAAUAAUAUCUGUAAUGUCUAUAAUAAUAUCGACGUUCAAUUAUAUAAUAUCUAAUAUACGGUAUUUUACCGAAAAGUUGUAUCGAUAUUUGCCUCAAUCGGUUUUUUAUUUCGAUAAUCGUAUAAAAUCGAAAAUGCCGAGUCAAUAUUUGUCAAUUUUUAAAUACAUUAAUUACGUUAUCAACUAUAAUUAAUCGUCACGCGGAGAAACAACUGGAGAAAUCGUUAUACGGAAUCGAUUAUGAACAUACCAAUAUACCUAUGUAGCUCGUUGUAGACAGUGCAAUCAAAUAUUGAGCAAUCUUCUAAAUUGCAAUGUAAUAUCGUAGAAACACCGCGAAGGCGCGGAAAUGAGAAUUUCCAACAAGAUUAUGGUCAAUAUCGGAAGCUUGAUGGAUAUUAAAAAUGUAACGGAGGAUUCCGUAUUAUCUUCUCUUUUAUGAUUCGAAUAUUAUCCCAUAUUUCGAAAGGGAAGAAAAGUAGAGAAAAGGUGGAGGGUGAGAAAUCUUAAAAAAUUCUGACCGCCGUUGAUUUCAAUCUAUGGGAUAAAUUCAAUAAAUGGGAUUGCGAGAAAUAUAUACGUAAAAUAUAAGCACCCAAGCUACUAAUUUAUUAACCUUCGAUCAUAUUUCGAGACGCGUUUCGAUUGUGCGACCCGGGUUUAAUUGGAAUGCCUGACGAACCCAAAAGAGGCCUCCCCCCUAAAAAAAAAUAAAAACAUAUACAGCUAUCGUGUGAACUUUGAAAUCACAGUUAAAUUUCGGAGACUAAUAACUCGAUUUAAGAGACGGACGUCGCGAUUUAACGGGAAAUUUUACGAGGGAAAAAAAAAUUCUAUUAUUCCUCUUUUGCAAAACGGAAGAGAAAAAAAAAUACAAACGAAAGGAGCAUCGCUCGGAUUUCAGACAAAUAGAAUCGAUUAAAUGACGGAUUAUAAACCGAUCGAUAUUAAAAUCGAAAUCCACUUAAUAGUACCUCGUCGAUGGCAAAAACACGAGAGAUAGUGGUUAGAUAGUUUCUUUUUCUUUUUUGCAAAAUAUUAUAUCGACUGUUUGAAAAACUGGUGUCAAUUAAAUAAUCGGGCGAGCAAUUUAAAUAAACAGUUAUUUUCGGCGAGAGAUAUAGUAGAUACAUAUAUAUUGUUGUAACAGGAAACAUUAGAAAGUUUAUGAAGUAAUAAAUAAACACGAUUUAUGCCGAAAAUACUAAAUGGUUUGUGUGUUUAUCGAAUAUAUCGAAAAACGUUCCUAAUAAUAUUACGAAUACGUGAAUAUCCAUCGGUCCCCUCUUUCUUCCAUGUUACACAUUCUAUCUAUUAGAAAUCGUUCAGCAUAGCAAGCAACCAAUUUAGUAACGUCUGAAUGAUUGCAAUAAUAAAACUAAUUCUCGAGAAGUACAGAAAUGAAUUUAAAAUACGUAGCUAAGUUCCAUAAAAUCCCCCAUUCCCUCGAAACAAAAAUAUCUCGAAUUUUUUUCAAUCUAUGCUUCGCGUGAAACGAUAGAUUUUAUUAUUUCGGAAAAAUUAUUUUCGUAAUUAAUUUGACAAACAAAAAAAUUCCUAACGAAAAUUUGGCCAGAAAAUUCAUUCGGUUCUGCAAACGUUGACAAAGAGACGUUGACGACGCGCCAUUGAAACAAUGUGCGAGAUUUCUGCUAUGCUGAAUGAUAUAUAUACGCACUUGUAAUACGCCACACAGUGAGAGAAAAGAAGAGGAGGAACUUGGCCAACUGUGCGCCAAUUAUUUAAUCGACACCAAUCGAACCAUUUUCUCGCGGUCGCGCCUAACAAAUAGGUCGAAUAAUAAGCGGGGAGAGAAACGCACUGUCGAAAAGAAAGAGGAAGGAAUUGAAGGCGCGCGCGAAAGAAGACAAGAGCAAGAGCUUAUACGUUAUCGAAUUCACCGUGAAUUUAUAAUGGCUCUCCUCCUCGCUCGCGUCUCGCGCUCGGAUCACGCUCUCGCGAAUAACGUAUAACGUAAAAGUUUUAUCCUGGCACUGAAACGGACUAUACGCGCGAGGAUUUCGUGGAGGGAAGCCAGGCGACAAAGGGACGGAUGUCAAUUUGUAAUUUCCACGCGGGGACUUCCCCCGGAAAGGGGAAAUCGCCGGCACGAACGGAGGCGACUGAAAGGCGAUCUCGAUCGCGCGCGAUCCACGUUAGAAGUACGAAAAAGCUAUCGACACACUCGGCCUCGUCUGUAUUUAUUAAUACUACUACUACUAUCACUACUAUCGCCAAUUGUUGUUACUGGGUGCUUUCCAUUUAGUGACACAAGUCGACACAAGUAUUGUCUUUGUUAUACUCACUAAAUGCUGAGAAGAAUAGAAUGACGUUUGCGUCGACUUGUGUCACUAAAUGGAAAGAACCCACUAUUUCCUUAGUUGAGUUAAGCGGAAGGAACGCGCGUGCCGAAUUCCCGUUCUCGCGAGACAUGCCAUUAUAGUAUUUUUACACGCGACGUAUACGCAAUCUCGAUCAGUUGAUACAGUUUUACAGCCCCGCGGCGACUCGCCAUAUUACAAUCAAUUCGCCGUUAUAUAGCGAUGUUACUUCGAGUGUAUAUUUCGAGUGUAUAUACCUACAUCUCUCGCGAGAGUCGAUCGUAGGUGGUGGUGGUGGCGGCGACGCGGAGGGGCACCCGCGUUCCUUCGUUAUUUAUGAAUCGCCGAAGCCCCGGCCCGGUUUCUUCGAGAGAAACGCAUGCCGCUUCUUUAUUUAUUUAUAACUAACGCUAACGAUAAUAAUGUCUCGUAUAUAUAGAGUUCUCUCUUCGCGCGGCAUCACACCACCUUCCCCCCCUCUUCCCGUGGUGUGAUCCCGCAUCACCUGUGAAUUAAUCCUCUCGCGCGCUUAAUUCGAUAACUUAUAUACCGAUUAGCUUCCUCUCUUUCGUAAUUCCCACCUUUGCAUGUACCUAUUUACGAUUGAGCGCACCUUACGCGAGUCCGAUUCGUUCGGGGACUUGAGUGAGAAAAAAAAAUGAAAAAAAAAAAGAUGAAUGCAGGAAUUAAGUGAAAGCUGGAGACGUCCCUCGAUCGUUGCGACGCGCGAAUCGGCGCAUGUACCUCGCGUAAACAUAAUGCUAAUGAUAAUAAACUGUAUCAUCAGAA